AUGGACCACAGCGUGAUGAUCAUCUGGAUGUCCUUCUGGAUCCAAGUGUGUCUCCUCUUCACCUCAUCUUUACCUGCUGCAGGAGUUCAGAUCAGACUGGUUGGUCCUGGUUCUACUCGGUGCUCUGGUAGGGUUGAGGUCUUCCAUGGUGGUACCUGGGGAACAGUCUGUGAUGAUGGAUGGGACUUCAGUGAUGCUCAGGUGGUUUGUAGACAGCUGAACUGUGGGACGGCACUGAGUGCCCCAGGCUCCGCCCCCUUUGGUCUAGGUUCUGAUCCAAUCUGGCUCGAUUUUGUGGACUGUUCAGGAAAUGAGAGUUCUCUGACUGAGUGUCAACACCCAGGAUUUGGAACAGAGGACUGUGGACACGGUGAGGAUGCUGGUGUCAUUUGUUCAGAUCACGUCAGACUGGUUGGUCCUGGUUCUACUCGGUGCUCUGGUAGGGUUGAGGUCUUCCAUGGUGGUACCUGGGGAACAGUCUGUGAUGAUGGAUGGGACUUAAAUGAUGCUCAGGUGGUUUGUAGACAGCUGAAUUGUGGGAUGGCGCUGAGUGCCCUAAGCUCCGCCCACUUUGGUCCAGGUUCUGAUCCAAUCUGGCUCGAUGAUGUGGACUGUUCAGGAAAUGAGAGUUCUCUGACUGAGUGUCAACACCCAGGAUUUGGAACAGAGGACUGUCGACACGAUGAGGACGCUGGUGUCACUUGUUCAGAUUCUCAGAUCAAACUGGUUGGUCCUGGUUCUACUCGGUGCUCUGGUAGGGUUGAGGUCUUCCAUGGUGGUACCUGGGGAACAGUCUGUGAUGAUGGAUGGGACUUAAAUGAUGCUCAGGUGGUUUGUAGACAGCUGAACUGUGGGACGGCGCUGAGUGCCCCAGGUUCCGCCAUCUUUGGUCCAGGUUCUGAUCCAAUCUGGCUCAAUGAUGUGGCCUGUUCAGGAAAUGAGAGUUCUCUGACUGAGUGUCAACACCCAGGAUUUGGAACAGAGGACUGUGGACACCAUGAGGACGCUGGUGUCACUUGUUCAGAUCACGUCAGACUGGUUGGUCCUGGUUCUACUCGGUGCUCUGGUAGGGUUGAGGUCUUCCAUGGUGGUACCUGGGGAACAGUCUGUGAUGAUGGAUGGGACUUAAAUGAUGCUCAGGUGGUUUGUAGACAGCUGAACUGUGGGACGGCAGCGAGUGCCCCAGGCUCCGCCCACUUUGGUCCAGGUUCUGAUCCAAUCUGGCUCAAUGAUGUGGCCUGUUCAGGAAGUGAGAGUUCUCUGACUGAGUGUCAACACCCAGGAUUUGGAACAGAGGACUGUGGACACGAUGAGGACGCUGGUGUCAUUUGUUCAGGGCUCCUGUCUGAAAACAACACCACUUCAACAGGUAAGUUCUCAGGCCAGUGCCAGAGGACCUCAGGGUCCACCAGGGUUCAGAAGGUCAAAGCAAGUCUACGAGAUAAGAAGGAAAGGUCCAGCUCCGCUGGGAAGACCUGCUCACCUGGAACAGCUGCUGGACUCACCUGUUCAGAUCCAGGUGGUGUCAGGUUGGUGGGACAGCCGAGCCGCUGUGCUGGUACUUUGGAGAUCCAACAGCAGGGACACUGGAGACCAGUAGUAGACCGCUUUAAACGCUGGGACCUGAAAUCUGGAUCUGCUGUGUGUCAACAUCUGGACUGUGGAUCAGCUGUUUCAGUCAACAGAACACAUAAUUCUACAGACAGACCUGUGUGGGUGGUGUCUGUUCCUUGUGUAAAACUGACAUCUGGACUGAGGGACUGUGUUGAUCUAGAGGAUUCCUAUGAAGACUCAUCUGGUGUGGACGUGGUGUGUUCAGAUCUGCUGCCUCAGCCCAACAUCUCCCUGUCUGACGGGGUCUUUGAGGUCUACCAGCAGGGGUUCCGGGUGCUCGUCGGCUCCGAAUUCACCAUCACAUGCUCCGUCCAACCACAGUACCCAGGAGGCUCCUUCCAGCUGAUCUCCAACACCAAGGAGCCGUUGAACAUCACCCAGCCAGCUGUCAAUCACUCCGUCCACUUCCUGUUGUCUGCCAUGGGCUACGCCCACCGAGGGAACUACACAUGUGUUUAUCACGUAGACGUUUAUAACCACAGCUUCUCGUCGUCUCAGAGCCCCGCCCUGUAUCUCACUGUCGGAGACUUGGUGACAAAUCUGAUCAUCAGGGUGGUGCUUACCGUCUCGGCUCUGCUCAUAUUUGAUGUGUGCCUCUUCUUCUACUAUAAGGUCUCUGGGAAGCGGAUCCGAAUGAACGCUAAUCGCUGAGACCGGCGACCGUCACCACCACAAUGACGGUUCAGGAACAAACAUCCCAUAAUAGUCCCAGUUGUUCAGUGUGAGUCCAGCUGAUAUUUGGGUCUCAUCAACAGUUUGACAGCUGAACCAAUAAACGCCUUCAUUCUGUUCUGAUGCUUCGUGAUCCAUCAGCGUCUGAGCUUCUGUUCAGAGUUCAUACACGUGGAAACUCCACUUUGUUCUGAUCAGAUUCUGACUUGGUUUGGAAAAUACUUCUUUGUCGGAAUAGUCCACAGAGUUCUUGGCUCUAUGUCUUAUACUUUUAUUCAAACAGUAGAACAACAUUUACACUGAAAUAUGACUUUUUGUGUGUAAAAAUCAGACUUUGAUUCCCUGUUGGUGAUCCUAAACCUUCAUCCAUGGUCGACUGAAGAGUUGACCAGCGGACAUUUGGUCUGAUAAAUCUGUCAGGUUUCAUUUUUAUCUCUGUACAUAUUUGAGUUAUUUGUUUGGACUCCAUGUAUGAUUGUUUUAUUGCUGCCUUUACUGUCGUACACUGAUUGACUGAAUUGCCUUUAAUACUUUCCCAUCGUUAAUGCUCUGUGUAUCCAUAUAUGCUCCUUUGACUCUGUUCAUUAGUAUUAUUAUGCCUCGUCCCUUAUACAAAGAAAAUGUAUUUCUCUAUAUAUUGACUGUCAAUAUAUUUUGUAUUAUAUUACAAUAUAUUGAACAAUACAUAAGGAAU